AUGGCCAACCGGAACGCAAGCGAAGAUGUCGAAAUGCUUGUCGGCAAUGCAGGCAGUCCAAGGUCAAGUGCGGGAUGGAACAGACUCCAUGCAACCGGUGUCAGCGCAUGGGUUAUGCAUGAUCGCUUCAAUGAACUGGAGCAACGGCUCAAGACGCUCCAGGAAGCCGGUGCUGUGAACGUGUACCCCGUUCCUACUCCUACCACGUCUGGUGGAACUUCCUCUACACCGACACAUACAGCCGGGAGCGUCCACCACCCAGACAAAGGCCUCGAACCUACGCUGAGGCUUGAAGACGACAUUGCCGCUACUAAUGUCCCCGUCAAUGGCAAUGACACUUUCUCGGUUCGAGACGUCAAGCUCGGGGCUGGAGAAGCAGAGAGUCUCUUCGCCAAGUUCUUCGACAAAUACCAUCUCAAUGUGCCAUUCAUGGACCCAACCCUCGACGCCCAAGAGUGCCAUCAAGCGAGCGAGUUCCUCUUCUGGGCUAUCAUCUCCGUCGCAUCUCGUGAGCAGCAGCCCCAGAAAGACUUCCUAUCCAACCUGUCCCCAUAUUUUGCCGAAGCGCUGGGAGGUGUCGUCCUUGACAACAUAAUUUCGCUUCGUCAAGUGCAAGCCUUGUUACUUCUAGCGUUGUGGCCGCCGUCGAAUGCCCGCUUCUGGGGAGACCGUUCCAUGACAUUUGCUACUAUUGCGACGUCCAGCGCCAUGUACCUGGGCCUUCAUAGUCCUUACUACGAGCAAGAAUACACCAGCUCGGCAGUAGAGUUAUCAGACGGAGAAAGAACAGAAAGAGCGAGGACUUGGAUAGCUUGUGUGGCUGUGUCACAAAACCUCGCGAUGGAUCUUGGUCUUCCCGUCCGCCUACCGUUCUCAAACUGGAAGAUACAAGAAGUAGCAAACCUACCUUCAUCCCCGGGCAUUCCUACAGACCUGCAACACUACCUCAUCAUUCACCAGCAUGCCUACAACAUCUUCACCGACCUGCCUGAGAGAGGCAAUGCGGUAGCCAGCUCGCCUUCCGAUCAUGCCCUUCUUACACAAAUCACCAAAGCCGACGCCGAACACUGCGGUCUUAUGAGUACAAGCUUACAGAACAUGUCAUUACUGAACAAGCUGCGUUUCACCACGGUGCAGCUUCAUCUACAAGCCAUGCACUUUCAAAUAUUUUCCCCGUCGAUGCAACGCAAACAAGGCAUUCUCAAAGCCUACGAGACGGCUACCUCCCUUAUAAGCACGAUAAUUGCAGAAGAUGAGAGCAGCGACAUACUUACGUACUCGCCUCGGACAACCCUUCGGAUGAUACUAUUGGCGACAUGUAUCAUCUUCAAAGUGUCGUUCUCCAGCUACGGUGCUGAAGUCGACUACAACUCAGGGAAGGUCCUAUUCAAUGCUGCACUGCUCUGUCUUCGGCAGCAAGCUGUGCAGUACAGAGACCAGAAAGACCUGCCGUUAAGAUUCGUCGACUCGAUGAAGAGGCUUUGGCAUAUGGGAGAAAUCAGUCCAUCUAUGAAUGCGGUUCAGCCAGAACUCGCAGUCCAGACAAGGUUGGGAGCGAGCGUUGUCUAUCAUUGCUUGGCAGUAUACUACGACCGGCUGGCCUUGUUCUACCGGCAACGAGAUCCGGCGGGGCCUCAGGGUAGUACUCUACAGUUGUCUGACGGCUUUGAUUCUUUUUCGAUGCCGGAAAUCGACCCUCAACUGGCGUUCGCAGACUUCUCCAUGGAGUUUACGUGGGACCCGAACAUGCCUCAGCCGUAUCUUCAAGGGUUCCUUUGA